UCAGUCGGAUAGUCCGACCCAACCGCAUUCACCUCUACCCCUGUUCAACUCUACCUGACCACUUGUCAAUGACAGCAGCCUUGUGAGUCUAUGAAACUGGAAUCCUUACGUCUGAUUCUGGUAGACUCUGUGUCCUUGUGAACAAGACUCUUCUCACGCCGCUCGGACUUUAUCAUCUGGAAACCACCUACGGGCGACUAUGAAAGCUCAAAAGCAUAUCGUCAAACCUACCAGCAGCACGCCUGAGAAAGAUCAUGGCUCCCAAAGACAGCCAACUAUCCGCUCUUGUGGCCCUAAUUGCAGACGCAACAAAGAUCGUGGAAGCGCACUACAACUUGAAGAAAGUCGAAGUGAUGCCUUAUGUUCCUUCACUAGACAAUCUUGAUGCUCACCCCCUGGACGCUGUUAUAGCAGAUGAUAAAGGACUGUGCACCGCGAUCCAGACAAUCGAGGGUGCCUGUUCCCAGUUAUGUGCUACCAUCGCGCGUCCCACCCAUACCCUGCUCGACUCAAUAAUUUGGACGGCGAUUUGUGGGGGUAAACUUCAUUGCGUUCAUGCUUCUGUUUGA